AUGAGUGAGAGGAGAAGGUCUGCAGUCGCCCUCAGCUCGCGAGCACAUGCCUUCUCCGUUGAAGCCCUGAUCGGCUCCAAUAAAAAGCGGAAAUUGCAAGACUGGGAGGAGAAGGGGCUGGACCUGUCUAUGGAGGCGCUAAGCCCCUCGGGUCCACUCGGAGACACGGAGGACACGGCCGCACACGGCCUGGAGCCUCAUCCGGAUUCUGAGCAGAGCACUGGUUCAGACUCCGAGGUGCUCACUGAGCGGACCUCCUGCUCCUUUGACACUCACACUGACCUGGGUCCCAGCGUUGCAGGUCCUGUGCCUGCUGCCAUGUCAUCCAUGGAAGAGAUUCAGGUGGAGCUGCAAUGUGCUGACCUCUGGAAGAGGUUCCAUGACAUUGGAACAGAAAUGAUCAUCACCAAAGCAGGAAGGAGGAUGUUUCCAGCCAUGAGAGUUAAAAUCACUGGUUUGGAUCCACACCAGCAGUACUACAUAGCUAUGGACAUUGUACCUGUGGACAAUAAAAGAUACAGAUAUGUGUAUCAUAGCUCCAAGUGGAUGGUAGCUGGCAAUGCUGACUCCCCGGUACCCCCAAGAGUUUAUAUCCAUCCUGAUUCUCUAGCUUCUGGCGACACUUGGAUGAGACAGGUGGUUAGUUUCGACAAACUCAAGCUGACCAACAAUGAAUUGGAUGAUCAAGGGCAUAUUAUUCUUCACUCUAUGCACAAGUACCAACCCCGAGUUCAUGUAAUUCGCAAAGAUUUUAGCAGUGAUCUUUCUCCUACCAAGCCUGUCCCUGUUGGGGAUGGAGUGAAGACAUUCAACUUUCCUGAGACCGUUUUCACCACAGUCACAGCCUAUCAGAAUCAGCAGAUCACCAGAUUAAAAAUAGACCGAAACCCUUUUGCUAAAGGAUUCAGAGACUCUGGAAGAAACAGAACUGGACUGGAAGCCAUCAUGGAGACUUAUGCUUUCUGGAGACCUCCCGUGCGCACACUCACUUUUGAAGACUUCACCACCAUGCAGAAGCAGCAAGGGGGCAGCACUGGCACUUCCCCAACUACAUCCAGCACCGGGACACCAUCUCCUUCAGCUUCUUCUCAUCUUUUAUCGCCGUCCUGUUCUCCUCCAACUUUUCACCUGGCCCCCAACACCUUCAACGUGGGCUGUCGGGAGAGCCAGCUGUGCAACCUCAACCUCUCUGAUUAUCCACCAUGUGCCAGGAGCAACAUGGCUGCCCUGCAGAGUUACCCAGGGCUGAGUGACAGUGGCUACAACAGGCUCCAGAGUGGCACCGCCUCAGCCACUCAGCCCUCUGAAACCUUCAUGCCUCAGAGGACUCCGUCCUUGAUCUCAGGAAUACCGACUCCCCCGUCUUUGCCCAGCAACAGCAAGAUGGAAGCCUAUGGUGGUCAGUUGGGGUCCUUCCCCACCUCCCAGUUCCAGUAUGUCAUGCAGGCGGGAAACGCUGCCUCUGGCUCCUCAUCACCACACAUGUUCGGGGGCGGCCACAUGCAGCAGAGCUCCUACAAUGCCUUCUCUCUCCACAACCCCUACAAUCUCUACGGAUACAAUUUCCCAACUUCCCCUCGGCUAGCUGCAAGCCCAGAGAAACUGAGCGCCUCUCAAAGCACUUUACUCUGUUCUUCUCCUUCCAAUGGGGCCUUUGGCGAGAGGCAGUACCUGCCAACAGGGAUGGAGCACAGCAUGCACAUGAUCAGCCCUUCUCCCAACAAUCAGCAGGCAAACAAUCCCUGCGAUGGCCGGCAGUACGGGGCAGUCCCAGGCACCUCCUCCCAGAUGUCUGUGCACAUGGUUUAAUGGCCAGUGCAAAUGACACAGAGCCGACAGCGUCCAAGGCUCCAUCAGCUCCAGGAUCAGAUUCUAC